AUGUCAGCUUACAAAGGACAUCUCUCUCCUCCAAAGAACUUAACCCCCAAAAUGUCCUUUCCCAGUAGCUCACCUGCGGCAAAUACAUUUUUAGUGGAUUCUCUAAUUGGUGCUUGCAGGACGGACAGCUUUUACUCCAACAGCAACAUGUACAUGCCGUCUGGCUCAGAAAUGGGAACUUACGGAAUGCAAACCUGUGGACUCCUGCCGUCUUUCGGCAAAAGAGGGGAGGUCAACCACCAAAAUAUGGGCAUGAAUGUCCACUCGUACAUACCUCAGCUAGAUAACUGGACUGAUCCGAACAGACCCUGCAGAAUAGAGCCGCCCAGUCAGAUGUCAAACUGUACAUUUUCACAGAGCAUUAAGGAGGAGAGUAACUGCUGCAUGUUCUCCGAUAAGAGAGUACAAAAGGUCAGCUCAGAUGUCCCCGCAUACUCUAACGUUAUUCCUGAAUCUUGUCCGGUUGACGGUCCUGAGAUCCCGGUUCCGGGUUAUUUCAGGCUGAGCCAAACUUAUGCCAACGGGAAGCUUCAGGAAAACUACUGCCAUGAACCUCCAAGUCCAACCCCAACACUGAUGCAGCUGAGCCGGGUCACCCCGAAACCGCAGUCCUCUUCUUCUUCGUCCUCUUCGUCUUCCAGUUUAAAGAAAAGCGAGGACGUCCUGAGAGAGGACCCGGAGACCUCAAGGACGCCCGGACCCGAGGAUAGCCCGGAUCCCAAGUCCGGAUCGGAAGAGAAAAGCUGCUCCAUGGACGCCUCAGUGUCCAGCCCAGAGCUGCACCAGAAGGAAGGGAAAGACUGUAAGACUGACACACCGACGAGCAACUGGUUGACGGCAAAAAGUGGGAGAAAGAAAAGAUGUCCCUACACAAAGCACCAGACCUUGGAGUUGGAGAAGGAGUUUCUGUUCAAUAUGUAUUUGACCCGAGAGCGCCGCCUAGAGAUCAGCAGGAGCGUCAACCUGACCGACAGGCAGGUCAAGAUCUGGUUUCAAAACCGCAGGAUGAAACUGAAGAAAAUGAACAGAGAAAACCGCAUCCGUGAACUGACCUCAAAUCUCACCUUUUCGUGAGCCUGCAUGUAUGUUCGCUGUCUUCUCUUUUUAACCCACGCAGUUUGAUGCUUUUGAGUGGCAUUGGACGUUUUAUCCUCAAUUUCAACGAAACUGUGACCAUGUAUCUAUUCCAGUUUUAGUACUUUGUGUGGCGUCGUGUAUAUGUU